GGAAGUAGCGUCAACCCCGAGAGCAGAGGAUCCGUGCGGUGGCGGCAAGGUCUAGGGACGCUUUUGCAACAUGUCUCACCUGCCCAUGAAACUCCUGCGCAAGAAGAUCGAGAAGCGGAACCUCAAAUUGCGGCAGCGAAACCUAAAACUGCAGGGGGCCUUGAGUGUGAGCCUGUCAGAAACUCAAAAUGGAGAUGUAUCUGAAGAAACAACAGAAGGUGGAAAAGUUAAAAAAUCCCUAAAACAGUCAAUGAAGGUGGGCUUGUCAAAAGCUCAAAAUGGAGACCUGUCUGAAGAAACAGUGGAAAAUAUAAAAGUAAAAAAAUCCCCCCAGAAAUCUACCGUAUUAACCAAUGGACAAGCAGCAAUGCAGUCUCCCAAUUCAGAAUCAAAAAAAAAAAAGAAGAAGAAGAAGAGAAAAAUGGUAAAUGAUUCUGGGCCUGAUGCAAAAAAAGCAAAAACUGAAAACAAAGGGCAGUCCAAAGAAGCAAGCGCUGAGGCACAGGAAGAAACAGGAAACAAGGUGGAGAAGCCAGGUGCUGAGGAGGAUGACAGUGAAGUGCCCAGCCUGCCCCUGGGACUGACAGGAGCUUUUGAGGAUACUUCAUUCACUUCUCUAACUAAUCUUGUCAAUGAAAACACUCUGAAGGCAAUAAAAGAAAUGGGCUUUACAAACAUGACUGAAAUUCAACAUAAAAGUAUCAGGCCACUUCUGGAAGGCAGGGAUCUUCUAGCAGCUGCAAAAACAGGCAGUGGCAAGACCCUGGCUUUUCUCAUUCCUGCUGUUGAACUCAUUGUUAAGUUAAAGUUCAUGCCCAGGAAUGGAACAGGAGUCCUUAUUCUCUCACCAACUAGAGAACUGGCCAUGCAGACUUUCGGUGUUCUUAAGGAGCUGAUGACUCACCAUGUGCACACAUACGGGUUAAUAAUGGGUGGCAGUAACAGAUCUGCUGAAGCACAGAAACUUGCUAAUGGGAUCAACAUCAUUGUGGCCACACCAGGCCGUCUCCUGGACCACAUGCAGAAUACCCCAGGGUUUAUGUAUAAAAAUCUACAGUGUCUGGUUAUUGAUGAGGCUGAUCGUAUCUUGGAUGUUGGGUUUGAAGAGGAAUUAAAGCAAAUUAUUAAACUUCUGCCAAUACGCAGACAAACUAUGCUCUUUUCUGCCACACAAACUCGAAAAGUUGAAGACCUGGCAAGGAUUUCUCUGAAAAAGGAGCCACUGUAUGUUGGUGUCGAUGAUGAUAAAACUAAUGCAACAGUGGAUGGUCUUGAGCAGGGAUAUGUUGUUUGUCCCUCUGAAAAGAGAUUCCUGCUGCUCUUUACAUUCCUUAAGAAGAACCGAAAAAAGAAACUGAUGGUCUUCUUUUCAUCCUGUAUGUCCGUGAAAUACCACUACGAGUUGCUGAACUACAUUGAUUUGCCUGUCUUGGCCAUUCAUGGAAGGCAGAAGCAAAAUAAGCGUACCACCACAUUCUUCCAGUUCUGCAACGCAGAUUCAGGGAUAUUGUUAUGCACGGAUGUGGCAGCAAGAGGGCUGGAUAUUCCUGAAGUCGACUGGAUUGUUCAGUAUGACCCUCCGGAUGACCCUAAGGAAUAUAUUCAUCGUGUCGGUAGAACGGCCAGAGGCCUAAAUGGAAGAGGGCAUGCCUUGCUCAUUUUGCGCCCAGAAGAACUGGGUUUCCUUCGUUACCUGAAGCAAUCCAAGGUUCCAUUAAGUGAAUUUGACUUUUCCUGGUCUAAAAUUUCCAACAUCCAAUCUCAGCUUGAACAAUUGAUUGAAAAGAACUACUUUCUUCAUAAGUCAGCCCAGGAAGCAUAUAAGUCAUACAUCCGUGCCUAUGAUUCCCACUCUCUGAAACAGAUCUUUAAUGUUAAUAACUUAAAUUUGCCUCAAGUUGCUCUGUCAUUUGGUUUCAGGGUGCCUCCUUUUGUUGAUCUGAAUGUGAAUAGCAAUGAAGGCAAGCAUAAAAAGAGAGGAGGCGGUGGUGGAUUUGGCUACCAGAAAACCAAGAAAGUUGAGAAGUCCAAAAUCUUUAAAAACAUUAGCAAGAAAUCAUCUGACAGCAGACAGUUCUCUCACUGAAGACGCAAGUUCCUUUCAUCUUGAAUAGCUUGGCCCUGAAAUGGACUUUUUCCCCUUGCUCUAACCAAGGAAUUUUUGUAGCCUUUAGAAUUUGGCCUGAUCUGACAGGAGUAUGAAUUGGCCUGGGUUGUAAGCACUGAGCACUGUUAUUUUCAGCAAGUAUGUUUUUUUAUUUUGGGGAUAUAAAACAAACUAAUUUUCUUGGUUGCCCAAGGUCAAAGCAAGGAAUCUAUCUGGACUUUUUUAUCAUGGUACAAUAUUUUAAUUUUAAAUACAUACACACAAAUUUAUGUUAUUGUUUUAAUAUAAUUUUUUAUGCCUUU